AUGCAAACACCAGCAGCAGCAGCAGCAGCAGCAGCAGCAGCAGCAGCAGCAACAGCAGCAGCAGCAGCAGAAGGAGAAGCAGAAGCAAGGGCUACUGCAACAGCAGGAUCCAGACGAGAAACAACAACAAAAACAACAGCAACAGCAGCAGCAGCAGCAGGAGGAGCAGCAGCAGCAGCAGCAGGAGGUGCUGGGUUUGCCUGUGGAGAGAUGUCUCGCUACUUUGAGUUGUUUUUAUAUACUAUGGGCACAGCAACGCAUGCAAAGACCCAGCAGCAGCAGCAGCAGCAGCAGCAGCAGCAGCAGCAGAAGCAGCAGCAGAAGCAGCAGCAGAAGCAGCAGCAGAGGAAGCAGAAAGGGAACGUGCAGAUGAUGCUGCAGCUGCAGCAACAAAAACAAAAACACAAACAAAUUAAAGAUAAUAAGCAACAGCAGCAGCAACAGCAGCAGCAGCAGCAGCAACAGCAGCAAAAGGAAACAGAGAAAGAGAAACAAGAAAUAGAACAGCAGCAGCAGCAGCAGCAGCAGCAGCAGCAGCAGCAGCAGCAGUAUGAUGAAGCUGUGCGUACACUGCAGCAAGAAUAUCUGCUUCAGUGGCUAGCAGCAGCAAAACCCUAUUGUAAUUAUCUACACUCAGUCCGCACGAGGCGCCCAGCAGCAGCAGACGGCGGUAGGGGGAGGCAGUCUGCUGCUGCUGCUGCUGCAGAGCAGCAGCAACUGCAUGCGCAAGCACAUCUCCAGCAGCGGAGAGAACAACGCGAAGAAAGAGAAAGACAGCAGCAGCAGCAGCAGCAGCAGCAGAAGCAACAGCAGCAGCAGCAGCAGCACAGUGUUGCUGCUGCUUCGGAAGCAGCAGCAACAACCGCAGAUGCUGUGGCUUCAGGCGUGAGCGCUGACCAAGCCAAACAGCAGCAGCAGCAGCAGCAGCAGCAAGAACAGCAGCAGCAGCAGCAGCAGCAGGAGGAAGCAGCAGCAGCAGCAGCAACAGGAGAUGUUGUGCGUCAGCAGAGCAGCAAGAGACCGUUUGCUUCCUUAAGCCACAAGACACGCAAGCAGCAGCAGCAGCAGCAGCAGCAGCAGCAGAAACAGCAGCAGCAGCAGCAGCAGCAGCAGCAACAGCAACAGCAGCAGCAGGAUGGAGCUUCAGCUGUGGAGCUUGUUGGAGUUGGUAGCGCCUUAAAAUCUGACGCUGCUGCAGCAGCAGCAGCAGCAACAGCACCUGCAGCAGCAGCAGCACCAGCAGCAGCAGCAGCAGCAGCAGCAGCACCAAAAGCAGCAGCAGCACCAGCACCAGCAGCAGCAGCAGCACCAGCAGCAGCAGCAGCACCAAAAGCAGCAGCAGCAGCAGCACCAGCAGCAGCAGCAGCAGCAGCAGCAGCAUCUGAGUUUCCUUUUGGUGUUUCUUUUUUUUCUUGUGAGCAGCUGCGUGAUAGCGACCGGCAGCUGCAGCAGCUGCAGCAGACGCUCAAGGCAAUCCAUCGGCUUUACUUUUCUAUCGUUAAACAUAUCUUCUAUACACAGCAACCAGCAGCAGCAGCAGCAGCAGCAGCAGCUGCUGCUGCUGCUGCUGCUGAUGCUGAUGCUGAUGGGAGCAGCAGCAGCAGCAGCAGCAGUGAAGAGGAAACAGCAGAAGGAGAUGCUGCUGCUGCUGCUGCUGCUGCUGUACGAAGACACCACCGCAGGCAGCCUUCCUCUGCAGCAGCAGCAACAGCAGCAGCAGCACCAGCAGCACCAGCAGCAGGAGCACCAGCAGCAGCAGCAGCAGCAGCAGGAGCAGCAGCAGGAGCAGCAGCAGCAGGUGGCGAGAGAAGAAGAAGAAAUAAGUUUCGUUUUUUAUUUAAAAACCAAGACAAAGAAAAAACAGAAGAGCUGCUGCAGCUGCUGCCUGAUGUGGCUGUUGCUAUGCAGGCUAUGAGACAACAAACCCUCAAGGUAACGGACAAGUACCUGCAGGCGGGGAAGCGCGGCAUCCCCAGACAGCAGCAGCAGCAGCAGCAGCAGGGAGACUCCCAGCAGCAAGAGGAAGAGCAAGACCAGCAGCAGCAACAGGAGCCGCAGCAGCAGCAGCAGCAGCAGCAGCAGCAGCGGGUGCGCCUAGGGAGAUACGGUGUCGACGCUUCAGCAGCAGCAGCAACCGCAGCUUUUGCUGCUGCAGCAGAUGCAGAGGAUCUGCUGCCAAGCCUAAGCAAGGACCGCCAGCAACCGCAGCAGCAGCAGCAGCAGCAGCAGCAGCAGCAGCAACAGCAGCAGCAGCAGCAGCAGCAGCAGCAGCAGCAGAGGGGUGCUUCGCAGCAAACAUUUCCUUGGGAGGAGGAGCCGAUCCCGACGCUGCGGCCCCGCAGAAGAAUUGAGGACCUCGCCAGACAGCAGCAGCAGCAGCAGCAGCAGCGGCAGCCACAGCAGCAGCAGCAGCAGCAGCAGCAGCAGGGCGCUGCUGCAGCAAAAUAUUUCCCUUGGGAAGAGGAGCCAAUCCCCACCCUGAAGUCGCGUAGCCCCUUAGCAGCAACUCUAAACCAGCAGCAGCAGCAGCAGCAGCAGCAGCAGCAACAGCAACAGCAGCAGCAGCAGCAGCAGCAAGGAGCUGCAGCAGCACUCUCCCAUAGACAGCCGCGCCCCUUCCUAAGGAAGGGGUCGGGCUUGGGGGGAGGGAUGUAUGCUAAAGUUGCUGUUGCUGCUGCUGCUGCAACCCAGCAGCAGCAGCAGCAGCAGCAGCAACAGCAGCAGAAGCGGUUGUAG